AUGUCUCAUCUGUACAUCUAUUGCGUCCCCAAGCCUUUCUCGUCUCGCGCUCACACGACUUUAAUAGUGCCUUCAACAGCGCUUCAUAUCCUCCGAACACUUCCACCCGUCUUCGCUCAUUCGGCUAGUCCUCCCUGGUCCUCCAACGUCAUGCAAGCUAGGGGGUCCCGUUCACGACGAUUGGCCAGUUUGCGUCCAUCCCGCUUCCCACGCCUUCAAGGAGCGUUGCGUCUGCUGGCGACUGCUCGAACCCGUCCGCGUUGA